UGGGUUGCUUCCCUUGGCAAUGAUGAGUUCAACUGCCAUCAUGACUUUAGAGGAGAAAUGCCUCUCCUUCAUUCCCUUCUCUUCUAUCUAAUACAUCAUUACAUACCCACCACCCCUCCAUUUAUAAUUACACUAACCCACACAUAUAUUUAUAUAUAUCAACUUCUUCUCUCUCAAUUCCUCUUUGAUCCCACUACUUUUUUGUUUUAGUUCUUCUAAUCUUUUCAAGAACUACAAAAAAAUGUGCACAAAUACAGUAGAAAACUUUCAGUCUCAUCCUUUUUUCCCAACGAAGAGAAAACAACGAUCAAAGAGACCUAAGGUUCAAGUUCUUGGGCUCACAAGGAGAAGAUUUCAAGAAGAUGAGGGAAAAGAUAUGGAACUAAAGAACUUGAAGUUGUAUUUAGAGAAUCAAAGUAUUGUCGAAGAGAACGAGAAGCUUAGACAAAAAGCUAAUGUUCUGCACCAAGAAAACUUAGCAUUAAUCGCUGAAUUUCAAUUGAAAUUCCCUCAUUUGGAUCGAUUUUCGGCCGCUCUUGUUCUAUUACAAAAAUAAUAAUUUGAGACAUGCUAAAUUAAAAUUUGUAGCAUUUUCAUUUUCCUGUUUGAUAUAUUUUGUUGUUGUGAAGUAUGAUAAUAAGAUGUAAUGAAUUUGUUUGUUCAGAAGUAGAUGAUGGUAUAAUUAAUUAUUAUAGUAAUUGGUAGAUGAUGAUUAUGAUUAUGAUGAUGAUGAAGUAUUAUAUAUAUACCAACUAAUAUCAAUGAUUCUUUUUACUAUUUCAUAA